UGCAGGUCACUGUUGUCUUGCCGGUCGCCAUCCGUGUCUCCGUCGAAGGUUGUGUUUGAGAGAGAGAGAUAGAUAGAGAUUUGGCGGGAAAAUGGAAGGCAGCGAAAGUGAGGCCAUCUUUGAAUCUCUGAAUUUGAAUCCGCAGCUCUUCGUCAACGAAGUUCGCAACACCGUGGACGAUGUUGUUGAUGAAGCUUUCGAUUUCUUCCACCAAGAGGCAUCAACCAAGUUGAACUCUGAAGGCUACAUACAAAAGUCUGAAGAUCUGAAAAAGGACAAGUCAAAUGAGAAUGGCCUCCAUCCAGAUGCUCCUUUUGAUCCUGAUAUUGAUGCCCAGUUAAAUUCCUUAAGAACAAGACUAACAGAGGUGGGGAAGGAGUUUGAAGUGUUGAAUCAUGAAAUUCAAAUAUUAGAAAAGCAGUCUACUGUCAAUGCUCACUAUGUCAAUAAUGCAGUACAAUUAUAUGAGCAGAACCAUGUGUUGUUUCAGGAGAUUGUGACAACUGCAGCUGAACUUGGGAUAAAAAUAAGAAAGCUAAGCACUACAACAAUUGAAGAGUCUGAACAAAUGAAAACAAAAGUGGUUUACAGCCUAGAGCUGGAUCUAUCUUCUAUUAAAUCUGGCAAAGAUCUCUCAAAUAUGAAUUUAAAUGACCUUAAAAAAUUUGCACGUAUUAUGAAGAGUACAUGAAAUUGUGUGUUUUUCAUCGGUCUAGUUGGGACACCUUUUUGUUGAUCCGUACUCUUUCCUUAUGUUACCUGUGUGUAUUAGCUAUAGUGGAUUACUGCACUUAGCUUAGUUAGCAUUUCUGAUUAAUAGUUAGUUAUUGAUUAGUGUAUUCAGAUAGACUCAGAUAUUUAUCACGUAAGUUGCUAUAUAUAGCAGGGUUGGCUAUCUGAUUCUGUUAGCUUGCCAUUUUACCCCGACUA